UUUGUGCAUGACAUUCAUCAGUGACGUAAAACAGUUCUAUGAUUUUUCUAAACAUUACACUACUCUCCAGACUUCAUUUUAGUGAUGAGGUUCAUCAACUUAUAACAAAAUAAUUAUAAAAUCAAUAUGAACUCAUUGAUGUAUAACUUUAUCUUAUUAAUGAAAUGAAAUCAGAAUCUAAUGAUAUUCUCAAAAUGGAAAACUCUGCUGAAAAGGGUUCUCGGUCAUUACAAUACGCUUGUGCUUUGAGUGCGUCUCUUAUAGUUAUGGAGUGUGGAGUGAGCUUAGCUUGGACGUCACCUUCGCUGUUACAUUUGAAGAAGAAAGACUCAGGCAUAUACAUAACAGAAAUAACCGGAGCCUUAUUAGUCUCUAUAUAUUUUCUUGGAUGCUUGAUCGGCUGUUGUUUUAAUCCAAUUAUAAUGGAAAAGUUUGGAAGGAAGAAAAGUUUUCUUCUGUACUCUAUUCCUGUAAUCAUCGGAUGGAUUGUUAUUACUGCAGCAAAUAAUUAUUAUGUUUUAUGUACUGGAAGGUUUAUAGUUGGUCUAGGUGAUGGGGGUUUACUAGAAUUUAUUUCCAUUUAUCUAGGGGAAAUAACAGAAAAAGAUAUUCGAGGUAAGCUAUCAAUAAUAACAAAGUCGUCAAUGUUAGUCGGAGUAUUCUACAUUAAUGCUGUGGGAACGUAUUUUUCAUUCAGGAUCUCAAACCUAAUUUCACUUUUUAUACCGAUAUUAUUUUUCGUAACAUUCAUUUUUAUGCCAGAAUCUCCAUACAUACAUUUGAUACAAGAACGAGAAAAAGAUGCAAUAAUGUGUUUAAUGAAAUUAAGAGGAUUUAAACAACCAGAAUCAGUUCUAACAGAUUUUAAUGAAAUGAAAAAAGCUGUUAUGGAAAGAGAAAAAUGCAAAAGGAAUUCUUUACGUGAACUCAUUUGUAAUAAAAGUAAUCGUAAAAGAUUGUUUAUUCUGCUGAUGGCUAAAGUAACAAGAAAUCUUUCAGGAUCAGUUGCAAUUCUGACAUAUUUACAUGAAAUUACAAUGCAAUCAGGAAAUUCUAACAGCGUUGUUCUUUACAUAUGUUUAGUUAAAAUAAUUUCAAGCAUUGUGAGUUCUCAACUAAUAGAUAGAGUUGGAAGAAAGAUCAUUUUCUUAACGUGCGGAAUUCUAUGUACUCUUGCUCUUGCCACAUUAGGUAGUUUUUUCUUUGUAAAAUUAUUUCUGAAUUAUGGUACGUUAGAUCUUGCCUGGAUUCCUAUACUUUCUUUAGUUUCUUAUGAAAUUGGGUAUUAUAUGGGACUUAGUCCUGUUGGGUACGUCUUGCAAGGGGAACUAUUUCCAUUAAAAGUUAAAGGAAUGGCUGUUGCUAUUGCGUCUAUUGUAGAACAGUUUUUAAGUUUUGGAAUUGGAUUUGUCUUUCCAAUUGUAAAUUAUUAUUUUGGAAUGUAUGUUAGUUUCUGGAUUUUUUCUGUAUGUUGCUUUAUUGGUACUUUAUUGGUUUAUUUCAAUACGCCAGAAACUAAUAAUAAAACUUUAGAAGAAGUGGAAGCGUUAAUUAUGCCGAAAUCGAAGAAGGUAGUAUUAAAACCAUUAAUAACAAGUAGAUCGACUUAAUACUACAAAAAGUGAAUAGUAUAUAAACGAUAAAGUUUGAGAUUGAAAAUAAAACUACAUUUUUUCAAAUUAAAACCCUGAUAACACAUGAAUAUUCAUAAUAUCCUCAGGACGUUCUAGAAAUAUUCUUUAAUAAUUGGCGGCUUGGAUAUUCUAUGCAUAUUCAAACUGCUACAAUCGCGCUGAAAAGAACUGAAAUAAUUUAAAAACAAACAAGUUUGAAAACUGUAAACUUUAUGUGUCAAAUAUUUCUAGUUGUAUAGAGAUGAACAAUUUACUAGUAAAGUUCUUUUAACGCACUGCAUACUAGCUGAAAUAAUUUUUCAAUAAAUUGAUUCUUAACCAAAACCACAAUCUAUCAUUUUUUGAAAAAUGUUAAUUUGCAUCAAAAUAUAGAAAGUUUGAAUAUUUAUACUUACAAAAUAAAAAGAUUGUAAAUAAUCAAUAAAAAAGUUUAAUUUUUGCAACUAAUAAUUAAUAGUAUUUUAUAAAAACAUCUCUUCGGAUUGGCAACACUUUCCUAUCAAUCUGAAUUUGCUACCUCUUGUGCGAACAUUUGCAUGGUAUUAGUUACUGUUCUAUAUACAUAAAGACGAGAUGCCUUCAGGCAAGAAUUGAAACCACCUCAUUACCACUGAGGGCGUCUGCCGUUACAGAAUCCGUUUUACGAAUAUUGAAGGUAAUGUCGCUAGUGAUUUUGUUCAACUACGAAACCCAACGUUUAGCCGCAGGCUACGGUUCUCGUGUUAUGAAGACUGAUGAAAAAUGGAAAUAGCGAUUUGUACAAAAUAUAACAAAGGGAUACAGGGGCUUUUAAAUGAAAUUUUUAAAUUUCAGUAAUAACUGCAAUAAAAUAUUGUUUAUACAAUAACUAGCAUAUUACAUGAAAGAAAGAAUUUUUUAUUUAU